GAGAAUAAACAGCCAACGCUAUAAAGAGAGAGCAUUGAACGGGACCACCUUUAGGCUACAUGUCAGCAUUUGCGGCGUGGACUCAAAUACAACGUGAAGUCAAACUUUCUGUGGACGGUGUUUUUGUUGUUACUUUAAGGAGUUCAUACGUCAGAUAGGCCCUACGUGGUGUCCUCGUUUGAAAACACAAAACGUGGAAACUUUCCUAAUAACCCGCUAUGAGGAGCUCACUGAGGACAGUUUGCUGUUCUCCAUCCCAUUGAAGGCUUCUGUAACAGCAGGUGUAUUUCGGAUAGUCUACUCUGUGAAGGUAUCUGAGGCGUCAGCAUGCCAGCCCCCCCUCCUCCUCCUCCUCCUCCUCCUCCUCCACCUCCUCCUCCUCCAAUGGCUCCACCUCCUCCUCCUCCUCCACCCAGCGCUGCCCUGCCACAGUGUCCGUCUGAGCCUCUGAAGCUCCAGUCUGGUGGAGGAGGAGGAGGAGGAGGAGGAGGUGGGAGGAAUGCCCUGCUGGCCGACAUCGAGAAAGGAGCCCGUCUCAGGAAAGUCACACAGGUCAACGACCGCAGUGCUCCUGCUGUCGACAAACCCAAAACCAGUCCUGAAGAUGUAUCCAACAGUGUUGGUGCUUCAUCAGGAGGAAUGGCGCCAAUGGGACCACCUUUGGGUGGGCUCUUUGCCAGAGGGUUCCCCACUCUUAGACCUAUAGGACAGAGAGACCAAUCUGGAAAGACUCCAGUUUCACGCUCAAGCUCCUCUGCCUCCCUGAAGCCCAUGUGGAACCCCCCCUCAGCUGCAGACUCCAGCAGUGUCUCUGAGCCUAACAGGACUUUAGAGCUCCGAAGCUCCGCCCACCACCCGCUCGCUUCUUCAUCCUCUGCUCCUCCCUCCCCCUCCCAUGGCAGCAAGCAUCCACCUCCUUUCUACGCUUCCUCGCCUCCUCCGCCUCCACCCACCCCUCCUUCUGCUCCUCCUCCGCCUCCUCCACCUCCAGCCUUCCAGGAACGUCCAGCCAACAAGCAUCCUCCUAUACCCACCUGCCCUCCUCCUCCACCUCCGUCCCAUGUCUCCAAGCCCACCUGGCUCCCCAUCCAACACUCCCACCACACCUCCAUCUCCCAGCCCUCUACCCCCCCUCCUCCCCCACCACCUUACCAGUCCCCCUCUGCAGUGCCAGGUGACCGCUCCUCGGGGUGUUUCCACCCUCCGCCCCCCUCUCCGCUCCACUCUGAACCGUCCAGAUUCCCCAUCCUGCGGGACAGUCCACUGGGUCCUCCGCCACCUCCUCCUCCACCGCUCCCUGUUUCUUUUACCCCCAGCUGCCCAUCUACCCUCCCCCCUCCACCACCCAAGGUGCCACCCGUGCCCUCCCCAACUAUGCGCUCUCUGCCUCCAUCAUACCCUUGCAACGCCCCCACCAGACGACCGCCUGCUGUGCCCAGGGGUGCAGGUGUGGGUCGGCUGGCUCCACCUCCAGCUCCCCCUGCACGCUCCCCCUCUACCGAGCUGUCCAGCCGCAUUCCUCCCCCUCCACCACCUCCUCCUAUGCCCCCAUCGAGCCUCAGGAAUGGACACCUGCACAGCCUGGAUGAUUUUGAAUCCAAGUUCCAGUUCCACCCUGUAGAGGAUUUACCCCCGCCCGAUGAAUUCAAGCCUUUCCCUCGGAUCUACCCCAGCAAAGAAAACAGAGUGAAUGUCAAACCACCUGGGAUGAGGACACACCUCAGAUGAGUCACACUCAUCUUCAUCCCCAAACACAUAUCAGCAGCUAGACUCCGUCCUCCUCCUCCUCUUCCUCCUCCUUGUGAGAGUUAACAGGACAGCAGUGGACUCAUUUGGACGCAAGCGCUCCCUGUGUGUGCAUUGUUUGUGUUUUGUGUAUUUGUGUGUAUAUGUGUGUAUAUGUGAGUGUCAAACAGGGUCCCGCCUUAUUCUGACUAUGUGACCUCUGACUUUUUCCAGUGUGGAAUGUUUUGAAUGUGUGUGAGGAGGAGGGCUCUCCCUGCUCGUACUCAUAUACACGCACACACAUGGGACAGUGUCCUCCAGCAGCUAUAUUUAACAUGACUCUUCACACCGUUGGUUAGCAUGACAGUAUCUACAUACAGAGGAGAAACAUGAAUUUCAUCUCUGAGAUUUUUGUCAAAGAUGUCAUGAGCUUUUAGUUUGUGAAGUCCCACUUUUAAAGUAAGUAAAAAUUGUAGAAGGACUUCCCUAUGUACUUGUAUAGAAAUGUGGCCCAAUCAUUUUUUCCAAAGGCUUUUUCAAAAUGUUUGAGUGAGACAAUCCUUUCAAAAUGUCAUCAGUUUUCCUUUGUGUAAACCACAUCACCUAAAUCUACUCUGUUACCAAGAUGAGUUGUAAGCUAAGUAAAUGUCAUUUAGAGUUAUUGCAAAAACAAAAAUGGCUGGUGAAUCUUGUCACUUGUGGUCCAGGAUAUGUUAACCCUAGCAUAACCAUGAAGCUUUAUAAAUCCAUGUAUAGAAUUUGGUGCUUUUUGUGUUUAUGCGAUAGUUGUUUUUGACAAAUUUACAAAUGAAUCUAUUUGUAAACAAGGAGCUACACUGACUUAAGAUAAUGAUAAUGCAUCUGUUCAAAGUAACACUGAGGUGUUGUCUUCUAUGAAUAGAUAAUGGCAUGAGGUGUACUGUUUCCUUUCUCCCUGUGUAUUAACCAAGACUAACACAUGAAAAGACAGUGCCACCUGCUGGUUCAACGUGUAAAGAACAUGUGACCACUAAAUAAACCACAGUAUUUUCUGUAAAAAAAAAAAAAA